AAACCGGACCCAAACAAUUUGCUUUGGUACAACAAGUAACAAAAACAAACAUGUCAAGCAAUCAGUAGAGAGAGAAAACUUUUAAAAUCCCAAAAUUACCCUUCCAAAUCUAAUAUUUCUGCUAUCCAAAAUAUACUCAAGUCUUUUUUCUUUUUUUCUUCGUCCCUUUGGGCUGCAGCAAUGGGGUCCAAGGAGUGGCAGGGGAAGGAAAAUUCGAGCGACAGAAAAGGGCAAAAACGGAAAUUAGACCAACAACAAGAAGAGAGAGAAUCCGCCAUUGUUACAGGUGAAGCUCUUCGUCGAGAGGUUUCUGCUCAGGUUGAGAUUUUAAGCAACACUUAUUCGUGGACUGAAGCCGAUAGAGCCGCCGCUAAGCGCGCUACUCAUCUUCUUGCAGAAUUGGCGAAAAAUGAGGAUGUAGCGACUAUAAUUGUGGAAGGUGGAGCUGUUCCUUUAUUGGUGAAGCAUCUUAAGGCGCCGCCGUCGCCGGUUGAAGAUGAUGGGGUGAAGCCGUAUGAGCAUGAGGUUGAGAAAGCUAGUGCCUUUGCUCUUGGGCUUCUUGCUGUGAAGCCAGAGCAUCAACAAUGCAUUGUUGAUGCUGGUGUCUUACCUCUCCUCGUAGAUCUUUUGAAGAGACACAAAUGUGGCUUGAAUUCUCGGGCUAUCAAUGGUGUCAUUCGGAGAGCGGCUGAUGCAAUUACUAACCUUGCUCAUGAGAAUAGCAGCAUCAAAACCUCUGUCAGGACGGAAGGUGGUAUUCCACCCCUAGUUGAACUACUUGAAUUUAGUGAUGCAAAGGUACAGAGGGCAGUGGCUGGGGCACUGCGCACUCUGGCUUUUAAAAAUGAUGAAAAUAAGAAGCAGAUUGUUGAAUGUAAUGCUCUUCCUUCUCUGAUUCUGAUGCUUAGAUCUGAAGAUUCUGCUAUACAUUAUGAAGCGGUUGGUGUGCUUGGAAAUUUGGUUCAUUCGUCGCCCAACAUAAAAAAAGAUGUCCUGCAUGCUGGAGCAUUACAACCUGUUAUCAGGCUACUCAGUUCAUGCUGCUCCGAGAGCCAGAGGGAAGCUGCAUUAUUACUUGGACAAUUUGCUGCAACCGAUUCAGACUGCAAGAUUCACAUUGUUCAGAGAGGUGCUGUUCCACCGUUGAUUGAAAUGCUUCAAUCCCCUGAUUUGCAGCUGAGGGAAAUGUCAGCCUUUGCUUUAGGGAGGCUAGCACAGGAGUCAAAUAAUCAAGCCGGGAUUUCUCACAGUGGUGGUUUAGUGCCCCUAUUAAAGCUUCUGGAUGCAAAAAAUGGAUCUCUUCAACAUAAUGCUGCUUUUGCUCUCUAUGGUCUUGCAGAUAACGAGGAUAAUGUUGCUGAUUUUGUAAAAGUUGGUGGUCUUCAAAAGUUGCAGGAAGGAGAGUUUAUUGUUCAGGCAACCAAAGAUUGUGUAGCCAAGACACUGAAACGAUUAGAGGAGAAAAUACAUGGCCGGGUAUUGACCCACUUAUUGUACCUCAUGCGUGUGGGAGAAAAAUCUGUUCAAAGACAAGUAGCUUUGGCUCUUGCUCAUCUGUGUUCUCCGGAAGACCAGAGAUCAAUCUUUAUUGAUAACAAUGGACUGGAAUUACUUCUCGGGCUUCUCAAAUCCACUAAUACUAAGCAACAACAUGAUGGUGCUAUGGCCCUUUGUAAAUUAGCAAGCAAAGCUAUGACCCUUUCCCCCAUUGAUGCAGCUCCUCCUUCUCCCAUAUCACAGGUUUACUUAGGCGAGCAGUAUGUAAAUAAUGCUACACUCUCAGAUGUUACUUUUCUAGUUCAAGGCAAACGGUUCUUUGCUCAUCGAAUCUGCCUUCUUGCUUCAUCUGAUGCAUUCCGUGCAAUGUUUGAUGGUGGUUAUCGGGAAAAGGAUGCCAGAGAUAUAGAGAUUCCUAACAUCAGAUGGGAGAUUUUUGAAUUGAUGAUGAGAUUUAUAUAUACUGGAUCAGUAGACAUAAAACCAGACAUUGCACAAGAUCUCCUUAGGGCUGCAGAUCAGUAUCUUUUAGAGGGGUUAAAACGCCUUUGUGAAUAUACCAUAGCUCAGGAUAUAUCCUUGGAGAAUGUGUCAAGCAUGUACGAGCUUUCUGAGGCAUUUCAUGCUGUUUCAUUGAGGCAGGCUAGCAUCCUUUUCAUCUUGGAGCAGUAUGAUAAAUUGAUUGAUAGACCAGGGCAUUCAUCUCUUAUGCAGCAUAUUUUGCCAGAAAUUAGAAACUAUUUUCUCAGAUUACUCACCAAACCCAGUGCUCUGAACUAGUGACUUAAAGCUGCCAGUUUUUGUUUUUAUCCUCGAUCUUAGAAAUGGUCUGGUUGAAGCAGCAAAUCACCGACAAGGAGACAUGACUCAAAGGUCUCUUAUCCCUUACAUUUCUAAACUCCCAGCCUCCCACAUAUCUUUCAUUUUGUGCUUGAUGAGUCUUAGCCACCUUGCCUUUAUUUUUAUUUUUUUUUUUAAAAAAAAAAACAAAAAUAUUAAUCUUUAACACUGUGUCCUCACGAAGGCAAAUCUCUGGAAGCAGUUAUCUAUCAAGCAUAUGUGAAGUCUGAUCUGAUUUCCGCAGGAGCAGAUUUAGGAUAUAGUGUGCAUGCCAACGCAUCAGGCUCAAACCGACCUCACUGGGAAAGCGUUUAAAUGACCUUUAAAACAACUAAGGUGACUUCUCACUGUUUAAACACUUGAAACAAAUGAUCAAAUUUGAAAUGGUGCUGUAAGAAUUAGUGAUGUUGACUAAUUAUAAUUACCUUUAAAAUGCGUCUGAUUUACAGAGAAUCUGGAAAGAUUACAUAUUACUGUAAGCAUAGAAUCUUACCCUGUAUAUUUUCUCCUUUUGCUUGUAUAAUUGUAAGGGAAUGUAAUUAUGUUGUUCAUGACUUCAUAAGCUGGUGAUUUUAGGUGCUUGUGUAA